UUACGACUACAAGUUGAUUCAUGGAAACUUUACAUACCGAAGAUCAGUACAUGUAUGUUGGGGGCAUGAAAAGGGAUGGUAGGUUUGAUGCUUGCAUUUUAUGCUCUCAUUUGAAUUUGUAUCUACUUAAGUAUCGACUUUUUGGUGCGAGUGCCAUGACAAAACGAUCGGCCGAGGGUGGUUGCUGCUGCGCCCAAGCGAUCAUCGAAGUCGCAAUGCAGGUGGAGGGCACAACUCAUGGAAAAUAGGCGAUGAACAGAUCGCAAAUUGGAGCUUGAGGGUAAACAAACAUGAACAAAAGAGUAAUGGCAAGGCAAAGCAAGGUGUGCAUAGGCAAGGAGUUGAGGUUGCCAAUUUUGGUAUCCUCUCCUUUCCUUUCUAUGACGAUAAACAAAGCCCUAUUGUAAAGCAUUUUCAGGUUCUGUUUACUUGGAGGGUGUGGAUUGAAUAACGAUCCAAUUUUAUGGCUCCCAUCAUGGACGCGGCUCGUUAUCUGCAAACGGGCUUGUAUUCGGCCCGUUUGCGGCCCAAGUGCCGCUGGUACAUGACGCCGCGAACCAUCCGUCGUCGUGUCUUAAGUCGUACAUUUUGCCAUCGCCUCCGCCGACCGCCUCCAGGUCCUCGCUUCGGGCCUGCCAGGUUCCAUAGCUCCGAAUUUGCUGAAUUCAUCACAACGCGGGCGCGGCACUCGAAGAUCCAAUCAAGCACCCGGAGAGCAGGCCGUGAUCCGCUUUUUGGCACCCCUAUUACGGACGGCGACGCUGAAAGGCAUUGCCACUCAGGUGGCAAAAUCUAACAACCACUGGGGAUGGAACAACCAACUUUUCCAGGAAGACCCACCUCAUCCUUUCCAACUGCUCCAAAAGCUUCAGCACCUCUCAGAUCCUCAGGUCCUAUUGUUGGCUUGGAUGGAUCUAUUCCUUCUCGAGCUCCUACUCCUUUUGCCUCUUCAGGUCCUGUAGCUGAAUUUGGGUCAUCUUUUACUCCACAAACUACAUCGCCAUUUUUCUCCUCUGUUCCUGCUGUUGGCCCGCAGCCGGCUAACUUCGGAGAGCUGCCACCACCUAUUAGGCCGAGUGGCCCUUCUAGUCCUCCAUCUUAUCAAGUUCAGAAUGUCGGUUCUUAUCAGCAAAUGCAACCCGCAAGAUAUCAUCCAAUUGCUCAAUCUUCGGUGCCCUUGGGCUCUCCACCUUUUAUUGGUCAGCCACGCGGGUCGCCAUAUACUGGAUCGUUUCAGCCUCAAUCUCAAACUCCUACAGUGUCAAUGGGUCUCACACCACAAAGUUCAUCGCAAAUGAUACCAAGAAAUACUGUGCCUCAGCUAUCAGAGCCAUCAUUUACUGCAACUAAAAUACCAUCUCAACCACCUUUGCAUGCAUAUUCAAAUGUACCCCCAAGGUCUAGCAUACCCUCAUUUCAACCAGAUCCACAGUUUCAUGCUUCUGGGCCAGUUUCCCAACCACCGAUGCAGGGUUUCACACCUGCUCAUGUUCCUGCCAGACAUGCUUCUCCUUAUGCUCACCAAAGUAUUGUGCCUCCACCGCCUCCUAUUGGAGGUCCAUUGGGUUAUACUUCAAGGGAUCAGCUGCAGCAUCCUUUGACAGGACCUCCUCUUGGAGGUGUUCAAAGUCUAGUUGAAGAAUUUCAGUCAUUAUCUGUUGGAUCUGUUCCUGGGUCCCUCAAUCCUGGAGUUGAUACAAACUUACUUCCAAGGCCACUAAGCGGGGAUGAAAUUUCAACUAAAAUUCCUGAGAUGUACCACUUGAAUUGCCAUCCAAGAUUCUUACGGCUGACUACUCAUGCAAUACCAAAUUCUCAGUCAUUGUUUUCUAGGUGGCAUUUGCCUCUUGGAGCAGUGGUUCAGCCUCUAGCUGAAACUCCUGAUGGGGAUGAGGUACCAGUCAUCAAUUUUGGGCCAGUGGGCAUUGUUCGCUGCCGAAGAUGUCGUACAUAUAUAAAUCCCUAUGUGAUGUUCACAGAUGCUGGAAGGAAGUGGAGGUGCAACCUUUGUUCUUUCCUCAAUGAUGUGCCUGCGGAAUAUUAUUGUGGGCUGGAUGCCAGUGGCAGAAGAUCUGAUAUUGACCAAAGACCUGAGCUAUGCAAAGGUAGUGUAGAAUUUGUUGCUUCAACAGAGUACAUGGUUCGACCACCUAUGCCGCCUCUAUACUUUUUCCUCAUUGAUGUGUCCGUAUCCGCUGUUCGUUCUGGUUUGCUUGAGAUUGUUGCAAAGACCAUCAAAUCCUGCCUUGAUGAUUUACCUGGCUUUCCUAGGACACAAAUUGGCUUUAUAACAUUUGACAACACAUUGCAUUUCCACAAUCUGAAGUCUUCUUUAACACAGCCUCAAAUGUUGGUGGUAUCUGAUCUGGAUGAUAUAUUUUUACCACUGCCUGAUGAUCUUCUCGUCAACUUAUCUGAAUCUAGGCAUGUAGUUGAAGCAUUCCUUGAUAGCUUGCCGGUUAUGUUCCAGAGCUCCGUUAAUGUAGAAUCAGCCCUUGGGCCUGCUCUUAAAGCAUCAUUCAUGGUUAUGAGUCAACUUGGAGGGAAGUUGCUCAUUUUUCAGAGUACAUUGCCAUCACUUGGUGUUGGCCGUUUGAGACUUCGUGGAGAUGAUCUUCGUGUUUAUGGGACAGACAAAGAACAUAUUUUAAGACUACCUGAAGAUUCAUUCUAUAAGCAGAUGGCUGCCGAGUUUACAAAGAACCAGAUUGCAGUGGACAUAUAUGCUUUCAGUGAGAAGUACACAGAUAUUGCUUCUUUAGGAUCUCUGGCCAAGUAUACUGGUGGCCAGGUAUAUCAUUAUCCAUCAUUUCAGGUUGCUAUUCACCAUGAGAAACUUAGCUAUGAGUUGGGUAGGAAUCUUAGAAGGGAGACUGCCUGGGAAGCUGUGAUGCGCAUAAGAUGUGGGAAAGGUGUCCGCUUUACAAAUUACCAUGGACAUUUUAUGCUACGAUCAACUGAUUUGUUAGCCCUUCCUGCUGUAGAUUGUGACAAAGCCUUCGCAAUGCAGUUGUCUCUGGAAGAAAACCUAAUGACAACUCAAACUGUAUACUUUCAAGUUGCCCUUUUAUAUACUUCCUCAACAGGUGAGAGACGAAUUAGAGUUCACACAGCAGCUGCACCAGUAGUAACCGAUCUUAAUGAGAUGUACAAUCAGGCGGAUACUGGUGCCAUUAUCUCUUUGUUGGGUAGGAUUGCAAUUGAGAACUCACUAUCACAGAAGCUGGACGAUGCUAGACAAUCAAUUCAUUUGAAACUCAUGAAAAGCCUUAAAGAGUACCGAAAUCUCUUUGCUGUUCAGCACCGUCUGAGUGGAAGACUGAUAUAUCCAGAAUCUUUGAGAUUGUUGCCAUUGUAUGUAUUGGCUCUUUGUAAAUCUGUAGCUCUUCGUGGAGGGUAUGCCGAUGCUCCGCUAGAUGAUCGAUGUGCAGCUGGUUACACUAUGAUGAUACUACCUGUAAGCAGGAUGCUUAAACUUCUCUAUCCUUCCUUGUUUAGGAUCGAUGAGAAUCUUCUGAAGGACGGAAAAGAAUCUCAGGAACCAUUGAUACAGUUACCGCUAACAGCCCUAAACUUGGAUCCCAAAGGCAUUUAUAUUUUAGAUGACGGGUUCAACUUUGUUAUUUGGUUAGGCAGGAUGCUCCCAGCUGAUUUAGUCAGUAAUAUCCUUGGAGCUGAUUUAGCUGGCGUCCCCGAUCUAUCCAAGGCUGUGGUUUUCGAACAUGACAACCCCAUCUCAAAGAAACUGUUGAUGAUAUUGAACCGAUUGAGAGAAAAGAACUUUUCGUCCUAUCCAUCCUGUCGCCUCGUAAGGCAGGGCGAACAACCGAGAGAGCUCUCCCUGUUUCUUGCCAAUCUCGUCGAGGACCCAACCGCUGGAUCCAGCAGCUACGUCGAUUGGAUCUUUCAAGUUCAUAGGCAAUCACAGAGCUAAUGACCGCGUCAUGCAGCAGCAAUUUCUUCUCUUUCCUUUUGUCUCGAUCUCUGCGCGGUUGAUUGAGCUUGACGAAUUCUAAAUUCUCCCGGUUUAGUGAAGGCAUCUUUUAAGAUUAAACGGAGACAAUUCUUGAUCAACUCUCAUGUUGAAUAAUUCGUUUCAUCUUGUAACCCUUUCGCUUGCUUAAACUGCUAUUUAUUCCUCUGUAGAUUACAAAUCUGUAUUUUUGAUCAGUGAUAACUGUUCCAUGUCGUGAUUCCUGUAAAAACAAAAAACACUAAAAUGAAGUGUGUUUUCAUGUGGCCA